ACUAAUUAAUUAGUUUUUUUUUUCUCCUUUCCAAAACAAUGGAGAAUUUCGUCGACGAGAAUGGUUUUGCUUCUCUAAACCAAAACAUCUUCACACGUGAUCAAGAACACAUGAAAGAAGAAGAUUUUCCAUUCGAAGUCGUCGACCAAUCAAAACCUACAAGCUUUCUUCAAGAUUUUCACCAUCUUGAUCAUGAUCAUCAGUUUGAUCAUCAUCAUCAUCAUGGCUCCUCAUCUUCACAUCCUUUGCUCAGCGUCCAAACUACGUCUUCUUGUAUCAAUAAUGCUCCUUUCGAGCAUUGCUCUUACCAAGAAAACAUGGUCGAUUUCUAUGAAACUAAACCAAAUUUGAUGAAUCAUCAUCAUUUCCAAGCAGUGGAAAACUCAUACUUCACUCGUAAUCAUCAUCAUCAUCAAGAGAUCAAUUUGGUCGAUGAACAUGAUGAUCCUAUGGACUUGGAGCAAAACAACAUGAUGAUGAUGAGGAUGAUCCCUUUUGAUUACCCUCCUACAGAGACUUUCAAACCUAUGAACUUCGUAAUGCCAGAUGAAAUUUCAUGUGUUUCUGCAGAUAAUGAUUGUUAUAGAGCAACAAGUUUCAACAAGACCAAACCAUUUCUUACACGAAAGUUGUCUUCUUCUUCUUCAUCAUCAUCAUGGAAAGAAACCAAAAAGUCAACCUUAGUCAAAGGACAAUGGACUGCUGAAGAAGACAGGGUACUGAUUCAACUCGUGGAGAAGUAUGGAUUGCGUAAAUGGUCGCAUAUCGCUCAAGUGUUACCGGGAAGAAUCGGGAAACAAUGUAGAGAGAGGUGGCAUAACCAUUUGAGACCUGACAUUAAGAAAGAAACAUGGAGUGAAGAAGAGGACAGAGUGUUGAUAGAAUUUCACAAAGAGAUUGGAAACAAAUGGGCAGAGAUUGCGAAAAGACUCCCGGGAAGAACAGAGAACUCGAUCAAGAACCAUUGGAACGCAACAAAAAGAAGACAAUUCUCUAAAAGAAAAUGUAGAUCUAAGUAUCCAAGACCUUCUCUGUUGCAGGAUUACAUCAAGAGCUUGAAUAUGGGAGCUUUGAUGGCUUCUUCUGUUCCUGCAAGAGGUAGACGCAGAGAGAGUAAUAACAAGAAGAAGGAUGUUGUUGUUGCGGUUGAGGAGAAGAAGAAGGAAGAGGAGGUGUAUGGACAAGACAGGAUUGUGCCUGAAUGUGUGUUUACUGAUGAUUUUGGAUUCAAUGAGAAGCUGCUUGAGGAAGGAUGUAGCAUUGACUCUUUGCUUGAUGACAUUCCUCAGCCUGACAUUGAUGCUUUUGUUCAUGGACUCUGAUUUGUAUUUUUUAUUCUGCUUGUUUCAGUUUUGUUGUUUUUUGUUUGUCUUUUUAUACGAGACAGAUUCCACCAAACUUCAAUAAUUUGAAAAGAUAUAAAAUAUUUUGCUUUUUAAAAACAUGUUGAUGUUGAAACAAUAGAAACCUAACUUGCGGAACCCGCCAAGACUUGUUGCUAAAAUAAGAACAUUACUUAACUUGUGGCUCAAGCAACCAUAUGAAAAUUUAUAAAACAACCAAAACACAUAUGAUCAAUCUUUCAAAAUACAAACAUAACGUAUCUUCUCUUAGCAAUCGAUCAAAAGACAGUUCAGAGAAAGGGAAGUCGUAUCGGUUUUGGAGACGAAAGGAUUGAUACGAACCCAAACAAGUGAAAACACAGAAGCAAGCAAGAUAGACCAGAGAAUAACAAUAGUAGGUGUUCUGUUUUGUCUUCCCAUAAGACCUUUGAGGAAUGGAUAAAGAUGAAGAAUCACCCAAAAGGCGAAAAAUACCUUCCCAAACAAAGGUCCCCAAGCUUCAUAACCUUUGUUAAGAGCGUCAGAG